AUGACCUCCAAAGAUCCCACGGUUAUGGAGGACCGGAGACGCAAUGCGCUGGACCAGCUUCCGCCGCCGGCCAACUCCAACAAGCCCCUGACGCCAUUCAGUAUAGAGGACAUCCUGAACAAGCCCUCGGUAAAGAGAAGUUAUUCUAGCUGCGGGACGGCGCACCUGCUCUCCUCCAGCGAGAAGCUGUCCUCUUCAGGGCAUAGCCUGUCCAGCCGGGCCCUUUUCACCCAAACCUCCCCGCUCUGCGCUCUGGAGGAGCUCGCCAGCAAAACCUUCAAAGGGCUCGAAGUCAGUGUUCUUCAAGCGGCGGAGGGCCGAGACGGCACGACACUAUUCGGUUCGCGGAAUAACCCCAAAAAGCGCCGGAAGUCUCGCACCGCCUUCACCAACCACCAGAUCUACGAGUUGGAAAAGCGCUUCCUUUACCAGAAGUACCUGAGUCCAGCUGACCGCGACCAGAUAGCACAGCAGCUCGGCCUCACCAACGCGCAGGUCAUCACCUGGUUCCAAAACCGGCGCGCCAAGCUCAAACGCGACCUGGAGGAGAUGAAGGCGGACGUGGAGUCGGCCAAAGCCGUGGGAACCGUGUCGUUUGAGAAGAUGGCCAAACUAGCCGAACUGGAGAAAUGCGCAGCUAACGGGGCGCUGGGCCCUAACAGAUCUGAGUCACCCUCGUUAUCGAACCAUGAGCGCAACGCCUCGAACAAACUCUUAUUGUCCUCCCCUUCGUCGCCAUAUACAGACCAUACUAGCAGCAAGGGCUGCUCCGAGGAUGAGGAGAUUGACGUGGAUGACUGA